GUGAGAUUUUUAUACAUUUUCGUCGACAUUACGAGUUUUGCCUCACGACCCACGUACAGAAGAAGUCAGAACUCCGUUCGACGUUGAGUUCGACCUCGAACAAGAGCCCGCAAGCACCAAUGGCAUCUAUGCACUGUUCGUUUCCUGUGGAUCUCCAUGAACUGCAGCCUCGUCCCAGCAUGCAUCUGGAUGAAUGCUGCCAAGUUCCUGAUGUGAUGAACCACAAGAGGAGACCCCAAAAGCUUACCAUACAGAAGCUUGGAUACCCCGACGGUCUGCUAUCGAAAGAUCUGACGAGGUAUAACAUUAUGAUUGGCGGUCCGGAGGCAUUGAGAAUCAAGACAGAACCCAAGGCACAAGAAGUUCCCACAGGUUUUGAGCUACCAGACGAGCUUUCGGGGAGUCCCAUAGAUCUUCACCCAGCCGUCCCCCCGCCUACGCCAGGCACCAACGCUCUGAUGAACGCAUGCCUAAGAGAAAGCUUUAGCAGUUUUAAGAAGGAACAAGAAAGGCUAGGAAUUCCAAAAGACCCUUCAAAAUGGUCAGAAUGUCAAGUAGUUGCCUGGGUUCUCUGGGCCAUAAAGGAGUUCAGUCUGGAAGGCGUGUCGGUUGGCAACUUCCGAAUCAUCGGCCGCGACCUUUGCACCCUCCCGAAGGCAGACUUCCUUAGCAGGGCGCCCCCUUUCAUGGGCGACAUCCUCUGGGAGCACAUCGAUAUGCUUCGAAAAGAAUGCGAUCCCUCCAACAUUCCAGCACAGUCCUCAUCCUCCACAACCUCCACCACGUCCUCGUCGGCGUCCACGCCCAUUUCAGUUACCACGACAACCACCACAACGCCCUCGUCCUCGUCCCAGUCAAUCAAACUGGAAAGCGCCAGCUCUGGCUAUCUAAACGCAACAUCAUGUAUUCCAAGAUUAGAUGACUUUCUAGCACAAGGUUUCUCUGUAGAUCAACCCCAAGCCGUCCCCGUCUCCGCACCCCAGUGCACCGGCUUCAGUGAUGGAAUGUACCAGGUGUCGGAAUCUCUCCAGACCCUGAAUGAAUUCAACGCAGAAGACAUCCUCAACAUCAAACAAGAGGACACGGGUAGCAGCUCCGACUACUACAGCCUAGAAUCCUCGCCGAACUCAAACCAGCAUUUCUUGGAGACGCCGACACCGGAAAUCUACAAUAACCCCCACAUCUACGAUCCCCCAAUGCCAUACUUUAACAACGGACACAGUACAUUCAAAGGCAACCAGUUUUCAUCCUAUGAUUAUGAAGGGCAUGCAUCAGGCCCCGCCCCCUACCAACAGGUCCCGCGCUCGCUUUCCGACAGCUGCACAAGCUCCGACUUAGGGAGCAUUGGAGGGGCGUCGCGGUCCGACUCACCCCUCGCCGGCGAUGUGGUAUCAAACCCCGUUAUCCCCGCGGCCGUACUAGCUGGUUAUUCCGGAAGCGGACCCAUUCAACUCUGGCAAUUUCUCUUGGAGCUUCUGACCGACAAGACUUGCCAGCACAUCAUCAGUUGGACGGGCGAUGGCUGGGAAUUCAAGUUGUCCGACCCCGAUGAGGUUGCCCGACGAUGGGGCAAGCGCAAGAACAAGCCCAAGAUGAACUAUGAGAAGCUGAGCCGCGGACUGCGCUAUUAUUAUGACAAGAACAUCAUCCACAAGACGGCGGGCAAGCGCUACGUCUACCGCUUUGUCUGCGACCUUCAGAGCCUGUUGGGAUAUUCGCCCGAGGAGCUGCACGAGAUGGUCGGCGUCAGCCCCGCGCGAGACGACGACUGAGAACUCGGCAACGUGCGUUGCGAAAGAACAUUGGACUUUUUGAAGCUGCGUAUUUCAUAGUGGACAUGGCUUUGAUGAAAAGUUGUGUUCUGUUAUUUGAAAGGUUAUUCAUAGAGGUGAUAUUCAUGAGGUGGGAGAACCAACCUCUUGUAGAAACGUUACACAUUUGUUGUAAUUAACUUUUUAAAACAACCCUUGAUAUAUCUGUCAUGUCAUGAAAUUCAAUUUGCACAAGUGCAAUUAGCAUAAUUCAAAACUUUUUUACAAAAAGUGAGAACAAGUUAAAUUUGCAUUUGAAUCUGCCACUUAAUUCGUCCAAUCCUGUAUUUCAUGCCUUAAUUUUUAGCCUUUUUUAAGAAGGAAUUUUCGAAUGAAAUUUUGACAAUUCGUAGACCUUUAUGUGAGGUUGUUAGCCUACGAGAAAUGUACUUAAUCAUGUAUAAAAUGAACAUUUAUUGUUGCAUGCGUUUUCAUAUAAUUGUGAUGUGAAAUCCAAGGAAAAAAGAAGUUAAGUCAUCUGGAAUGACAUUGUAGAUUGCCGAACCAGUUCUCUCCUUUUUAAAAGUGAAAAUGUACUAUUAUAGAUAUUAAAGUCCUAUGAAUUUCUGUGCUUCUAAAAAUUGAUGCAAAAUGCAGAUUAAUAUCUUUUCAUCGUGCAAAGAUAUUGUCCAAAAAAUGAAUUUUGAAGGCAAGCCACAUUUUAUAUUCCAACUGCAUAUCAUAUUAUAUUUGCAAAAAAAAAAUGAUGUGACUGUUGAAGAAUAUUUGAAUACCACGUGGAUGUUGUGGGGUUUUUAGAUGAGAAGUGAGACCUGUGUCUUGUUAUUUGCAAAAAAAUCAUCUUAAAGCGCAUUUUGAAGACCAGCGACAUUUGUACCAUUUGCAUAUUUGAUUUGCUUUGCGAAGAUCUUGAUGUGACCAAACAUUUUCUUUUACUGGAGCCAUGAAACUUUAUUAUUAAAAAACUAACCAAGGCCAUUUGGUGUGUCCUCAAGGGCUAAGAGCUUUCAAUUUGAUUUCAUUCUAACCUUUUUGAUUUACAUUCGGUAGAAAAACAUUCCAAUGUCAUAUGGACUUUAGUUUUAUAUAUCUUUAUUUUUUUUCAUUGUUGAAUGAUGGUUAUCAGUAAUCUUAUAUCAGUCUUUGCGGGUUUAUACUUAUAAUUCACCAAUUUGAUGCAAGCUAUUUUUUUAAAUUUCAUAUAGUUAGAAUGGUAAACAACGAAAGGUGCUAUUUUGUAUGGGGUUUUGUGAUAUUUUUGUUCGAGUAUCUUUCACAAGAACCGGGGCCUGUUUCAUAAAACUUGUUAUAAUAACAAAUUUGCAAUUACAGCUUAUAGAUAUUGAAAUCAUUUGAUUUGAUUGGCCGAUAUUGAACCUGCUUUAGAAAUUGUGCAUCUGUUGUUAUACCAAGUCAAGAUGAAACGAGCCCCUGAAUCCUUCAUGGGCUUUGUGCAAAAGUUGUGUAUGAUUUUCUUUUUGUAUUAUAUAUUUUGUACGUUUCAGAGUGAUAGGGAAAAAAACAUUUUGGAAUUCAUCGACUCAUGAUGGAUGGGGUUUUGGGGUUUGAUUUAUUGUUUUGUAAAACUAUGGGCUGAAUAUUCUUGUACUUUUAGUCUCCAUGUUUGUAGACUUCCACAGACUGUAUUUUGUUCAACACCCGUCUCUCCAAGGUGUAUUACCCUGUAGUGUACACAUUUCAUAGAGUCAUGUUUGUAUAAGCACCUAAAGUAGCAUAUUCAGCAUCGUGUUCACAAGAGUGAUGUUACUGGUAUAAUUGAGCACUUCAGUGUUUAAUACCUUAGCACUAUGUCAGUGAUAACACCUUUUGCAAUUCAAGUGUUGCGUAAGCCCUACUUGUUAUUUCUGGCUCUUGAACACUAACUGUUCAUGUAUCCGUCCCAAAGUUUUGAGGGAUAGCGUGUUAAACGAUGUUGGCAAGCACAUUUAUGGAUUUGUGCUAUACAAGUGUAUUUGAUGUUGUGAAUCAACUACUUGGUAUGGUUUGUCACAACUAUAUAAUUGGAUUCUUGUUUACAGUUUGGAAGGUGUAGGGUGCUUGAUGUAAGAUGCAUCUCCAAUUGAGCCUGAGAUAAUGUAUCACAUGUACCAUAGAGCCUUUUGCUUCUUAUGCGAGGGGCAGAAGGAUGUCCAAACUUGCCAUUUAUAUGAAUCAUGAAGUUUCAUGUAAGUGAACGAACAAUGAAAUGUGUCGUUUGAAGACUGGACUUGGGUGUACUGAAACGUGUUCCAGAUAUGGAAAUGCUAGGAACCAUUUUGGGAGAAAUGUGCUUCAUUUUUGUAAAUGAUGGGUUUUGAGACCUACGCACCAUCAAACUUGCCUCGUUAGCUUAAAAAAAUUGACAGUAGUUUUUUUUUUCAGUUUGGUUAGUUUUUCUUUGUCUUCACAUUGAUGUGCCUUGGUGUCUUGUCACAUGAAAAAGAUAUGCCUUCUAGAAAAUGUACUGCAGAAAUUUAUGAUGAUUCUAGAACGUAGCAAAAAAAAAAUGAAAGCACUUUUUUAUAUUUGUACUUACACUUGUUCCUGUGUAUAGAAUGAGGCAUGUGCUUCGUUAUUACCGCAGAAUGUACAUGCAUUUCUUAUUGUAUGUGAGAGAGAGAGAGAGAGAGAGAGUGUGUGUGUGUAUAGUGCAAACAAAGCCUUUUUGUGUAUACAUGUAAGUUUUCUAGAGAGUGCAAUUUGUGCUUUUUUAUAUAUGUGCGUGCGAGUGAGGCAAGAGAGACUUAAAUGAGGGGGAAUUCUCGAAUGUGCUUUAUUGUAUGUAACUUUAAUCUAACACGGUGGAAAUUAGUGACUGAGCAAAUAGAGCUCUUUUUGUCUUAACAAAACGGAAAUAUCCCUAGCCGUGGGUACCAUGUACAUUACUUUGAGAUGACCUUUGACACGAAAAGUGCUACUGAAUAUUUUGUAAAUAGAUAUGACUACGCAAUUGUAGUACAUUGUACAGAAUCAUGACAGAAAAAUGGGAAUAACUUGUCAUUAGUUGCCUAUGUUGUAAAAUAAGCUUUUU